CAUCGGCCAUUCGCCGGCUCGCCCUCCCGUGUGGUGCGGCCCGCAGGCCGCAGCCGUACUGCGGCCGCCGCUGCCGCCACCGCCACCGCUAACCCUCCUUGUCCGUUCCGGCUCCCAGGAAACACCCAAAUUCCUCCGCCGUUGCCACCUUUCCCCCCACAAUCCCGCUCGCCCGCACGCUCUGCCCAGACUUCGCCGCUCCACACCACUCCACUCUCACACUCCCCCAUUCACCUGAGAGCCGACCACCAUCCUCCCUUCCCCGCCGCGCCCAAACCCCGCAAAACCCUAACCGCCCACCACCGUCAUGCCGAUCGCCCCCGUCCCCCGCCACCGCCACCGCCUUGCCGCCCUCUACAUCCUGCUUGUCUUGGCCUCCGCGCCGCGCCCCGCGGCCUCCGCCUCCUCCGACCGCGCGGCGCUCCUCGCCUUCUGCGCCUCCCUCUCGCCGCCCUCCCGCACCGCGCUCUCCUCCUGGCGCGGCCCGCUCUCGCCGUCCUGGCUCGGCGUCUCGCUCCACCCCGCCGCCACCGGCCCCACCACCACUCCCUCCGUCGCCGCGCUCGCGCUCCGCGGCCUCAACCUCACCGGCCCUCUCCCCACGGCGUCGCUCGCGCUCCUCCGCCGCCUCCGCGCGCUCGACCUCUCCGCCAACGCGCUCUCUGGCGAGCUCCCCUGCUCCCUCCCACGCUCGCUCCUCGCGCUCGACCUCUCCCGCAACGCGCUCUCGGGGGCCGUCCCCACCUGCUUGCCGUCCUCGCUCCCGGCGCUCCGCACCCUCAACCUCUCCGCCAAUUCUCUCCGUCUCCCUCUCUCCCCGCAGCUCUCUUUUCCCGCGCGCCUCACCGCCCUCGACCUCUCCCGCAACGCCAUCUCCGGCGCCGUCCCCCCGCGGAUCGUCGCCGACCCCGACGCCUCCGCCCUCCUCCUCCUCGACCUCUCCCACAACCGCUUCUCCGGCGAGAUUCCCGCCGGGAUCACCGCGAUACGGAGUCUGCAGGGGCUGUUUCUCGCGGACAACAAGCUGUCCGGGGAGAUUCCUUCUGGAAUCGGGAACCUGACCUACUUGCAGGUGCUGGAUUUGUCGAAUAACCGCUUGUCUAGUCCAGUGCCUGCCGGACUUGCAGGCUGCUUCCAGCUUCUGUACCUGCGGCUCGGAGGGAACCGGCUCUCCGGAGCGCUGCGGCCGGAGCUCGACGCACUUGAUAGUCUGAAGGUUCUAGAUUUGUCGAACAACCAGAUAUCUGGGGAGAUUCCGCUACCUCUGGCCGGGUGCCGGUCUCUGGAGGUGGUGGACUUGUCAGGAAAUGAGAUCACCGGGGAGCUCGGCAGUGCUGUAGCCAAAUGGCAGAGCCUGAGGUUCUUGUCACUGGCAGGUAACAAGCUCUCUGGCCAGCUACCUGAUUGGGUGUUCUCGUUUCCGAUGCUCCAGUGGCUUGAUUUAUCUGGCAAUAAGUUUGUGGGUUUCAUCCCAGAUGGUGGAUUCAAUGUCAGUGCAGUGUUUAAUGGUGGAGGUGGUCAGGGGAUUCCAUCAGAGGGUGUCCUUCCACCUCAAUUGUUUGUGUCGGCAUCUGUGGACACAGUGUCAUGGCAGUUGGACCUGGGAUACGUUCUUCAGGCAACUACUGGGAUAAAUCUGUCAAGGAACGAGCUCCGAGGGGAGAUACCGGAGGGGUUGGUUGCAAUGAAGGGAUUGGAGUAUUUGAACCUCUCCUGUAAUUACUUGGCCGGGCAGAUCCCUGAGGGGCUUGGGGGGAUGGGGAGGUUGCGGACGCUUGACUUCUCACAUAAUGUGUUGUCCGGGGAGGUGCCUCCUGAGAUAGCUACCAUGACAGAGCUCGAGGUGCUGAACCUCUCCUACAAUAGCCUGUCCGGGCCUUUGCCAACAACUGAUGGGUUACGGAAGUUCCCAGGAGCAUUGGCAGGAAACCCUGGGAUCUGCAGUGGGGAAGGGUGCACUGAGGACGCAAGUAUGCCAGAAGGGAAAAUGGCAGGAAGCAAUCGCCAUGGUUGGCUUGGUGGCUGGCAUGGAGAGAAUGGAUGGGUGUCUCUUGGUUCAUUCUGUAUCAGCACAAUGACUAGCUUUUAUGUAUCGCUGGCAACAUUGCUAUGCUCCCCCAAGGCAAGAAACUUUGUGUUUCGGCCCGUGAGGGCAGAAUAUUAAUAAAAGAGGGAGAAUUGCGAAAUUAGAUUGUACUGUAAAUAACAGGAUCUUUGUGAAGUUCAAAUGUCUGUAGUGAGAUGGAUAUCUUUGGCCAAAAGGAAGUGUGCCAUCUCGUUUUAGUGAUCAAUCAAGAUAUCUGAUUAUUUCCAAAAAUUCUUGCUCUUGGGAUUUGUAGAUUUGGUUCCAACAUAUUCGCAUCUGUUAUAGAAUGCAAUCAUCUGCUCGUAGUAGACCUGCUGUGUCUCAGAGGAUUGGGCACCAGUUGUGGCUUGAGAGUUCAGAUCACUGAGUCUUGAUAUCAAUGAUGCACAUAACUAGGUGGUGCAAUAGCCACAAUCGGAAGUGUCGCUACUAUGAGCAAAUUCAGAUGUAAAUAUUGUGGAUUUUCAGAUCCUGUCCAGUUCAAAACUUGUCAUGCUUCUAGUGUUGUUGAGCUACCUUUCGAUGUUAUGUCAAUUUGAUGGCAGAUCAUUAUAAAAAUCUGUCUAAUUCUGUGUACCUAUAAUCUUGUAGAUUUGCUUAUGAUUUCUGCUUAGCGAUGCGUCUAUCAUCUGGUAAACUGUGACUGUGUUAUUCAUCUGAGUACAAUGCCUGUGACUGCGAGUAUGCUAGAUAAUGUUUCUUGGUGCCCUUCCUGUACUACUUUUAUAGGUAAAUGGUGAAUUUGCCAUCUGAAAUAGCAUUCAGCAAGGUGGCAACCAAUUUCUCGUAUUGUAACAAUACACACUUGGGUAAUAGAGAUGAGACAACCUAUCCCAGUUAUGUGCAUUUCCGAACUAACCCCAGCAUGUAUUUGCAGAGUGAUAAUUCUUCUCAUACUUGUCACAUGGUGGACUCUUUAACUGGAAACGGUGGAGAAUAAGUAUCAGUAGCUUUUCAAAGGAUUGGGCACCUGUACAGAAUCAGUCACAGCCAGUGCUGGAAUCAGGUUUGAACAAAGAGCAAAGUUUUCAUCCCUCUGUGUGAAGUGGCAUACAAAUGGAUGACUUGGCUUGCACGCCGGCAGCGUUACCGUGGCAGUUCAGUCAGGAACGAAGACCUCAGGAGUGGACACCAGUAGAUCACAUGAAGGAUGGACUUCAGGAGUGCCCAGCUCUUUUACUGACGUGGAUGGAUGGACUAUUGGAUCGGAACUAGUGGCAGCGGCAGAUCACUCACACCUGACGCGUUUGAAAUCACUGCUCGGUUAUGGGUCGGUCUGCACGCUCAUGCUCAUCAGCUCAUCUUUUGCUACCAGAACCUCCAUGGAAGCAAAGCUCGGGUUCCACGUGAGUUCUGUUCAGGUGCUCCAGAUUUAUUUAUUUUUUGUUCCUCCCUUUUUCUUUGUAAGAACCCGUGCGCUUAAAUUAAAUCUG